GACUCAACAAAAUGGUUUCACACACGGACUCAGCAAAACAGGGCUUUUACUGUACCGACUGCGGCUGUGUGUGUGUGUGUGUGUGUGUGUGAGAGAGAGAGAGAGAGAGAGAGAGAACUGAUUCAAGACUCAGAUGUAUCAAAAGGAGGAGCAUCAGACAGUUUGCAGUACCUACGACCUCUUCCUGAAUCAAGCGAGUAACCCAGCGGUCAGUCACCUACGGCAUGAGACGCUCACGUUUAACAAGAAGAAACACAAAUUCCACAACAAACUCGGCAAACUUGAAGGGGUCAUGGUUGUACCUGAAGGAACUGAAACGAUGCCCAGAGCUGGUGAGGAUUAUCCCAUGCUGUCUACAACCAAGUUAUCUGCCAUCUCGGAGCACAAAAAGAUCAAAUCGCACCGGGCUGUAAAGGAGCUGAAUAAAGCCCGAGUAGGAGGCGUGGGAAAAGUCUACAAACUAAAGAGUGGACACAGAAACUCUGAGAAGAAGAGCAGUUCCUGGGAGAGAGAACAUAAUGGAGGGAAGUCCACACUGCAGCUGUCUUCCUCCUGCUCAUCCUCCUCCUCCUCCUGGAGGAAAAGCAUUGAGAAUCAUGGGAAAGAGCAGGGCAAAACCAAAGCCAUAGCAGCCUUUAAACAACACAAAUCCACUGCAAGAGAGUCCAAAAGUGGAGGUGAAGAUGGAAGUGGAAGGCAGGUGGAUUUACGAGCUUUGGGCAAAAGGUCUUUGUCCACUACACAGCCAUCGAAUCUGAGCAGCAAAAAACAGAGCUCGAAGGGAUGUGAAGGAGGAAGCUCCAUCACUGUCUCCUCCCGUAUCUUCUCAACCACUGCUGCUGCUCCUCCCUCCACCCACAUAGAGAAGAAAGUGGUGAAAGGGGUAAAAAUAAGACGUGGGACUCCAGUAGUGAAGAGAUGGACAGAUUCAGAGUCCAGUUCAGAAGAGGAGUUUUUUUCUAGAUCUGUGAAGUCAGUCCGGUCCAUGUCACCCACUUCCUGUUCCUCGUCCGCUUCUGACUCCGAGUUUGAGGCCCUGCAGAUGCAAAGCCAAGGACCUCUGCACUCCAUGGUGCAACAUCUGCCCUCAGAUCAUCCUGAAGAUGACAAAAGCUCUGAGGUGGAGACUGCUAUAAAAUCCACACCCAUAAUCCAGGCCUCAUGCUUGUUCAUGGACAGUGACGGUGAUGCCGUUGAAGCAUCUUAUCCACACAGCCAGGAGGUGCCUUCACCCAUAAGCAAACAUAAUACAAAGAACCUCAAGGCUUACACAGAGGAGCUGGUGGACCUCCAUCGCAGACUGAUGGCUCUGAGAGAGAGGAACAUCUUACAACAGAUAGUAAACCUUAUUGAAAAGACGGGGCACUUUAACAUCACCAAAACCACAUUUGACUUCGACCUUUUCUCCUUGGAUGAACCAACUUGUGAGUGCAGGACAAUGGCGGAGGCCAGUAUUUCAGUAGAUUUUUCUGUGGAUCAGUUCAUCUGUCCAGUGUGUCUGGAUCUUCUGAAGGAUCCAGUGACUACUCCCUGUGGCCACAGUUUCUGUAAGGUGUGUAUUAAUGGUCACUGGGAUCAGGAGGACAGGAAGGGUGUCUUCAGCUGCCCCCAGUGUAGAGAGACUUUCACUCCAAGGCCUGAUCUACGCAGGAACAACAUGCUGACUGAAGUGGUGGAGAAACUGAAGAAGACUGAACUCCAAGCUGCUUCUCCUGCUCACUGUUACACUGGACCUGGAGAUGUGGAGUGUAAUUUCUGCACUGGGAGAAAACACAAAGCCGUCAAGUCCUGUCUGGUUUGUCAGGCCUCCUAUUGUGAAGAUCAUCUUAAACCUCACUAUCAGUCUCCUGCCUUUAAGAAGCACAAGUUAGUUGAAGCCUGUGCAGAGCUCCAAGAGAAGAUCUGCUCUGAACAUGACAAACUGAUGGAGUUCUACUGUCAUACUGACCAAAGCCUCAUCUGUGACUUGUGUACGAUGGAAAAACACAAAGGUCAUGAUACUGUUCCAACUAAAGCAGAAAGAACUGAUAAACAGAAUGAGUUAAAGGAGGAGCAGAUGAAAUCCCAGCAGAGGAUCCAGGAGAAGCAGAAGAAGGUGCAGGAGCUGAAACAGACUGUGGACAUUAUUAAGAUACGUUCACAGGCAGCAGUAGAUGACAGUGAGAGGAUCUUUACUGAGAUGAUCAGCUCCAUGGAGAAAAAGCGCUCGGAGGUGAAGGAGCUGAUCAGAACUCAGGAGAAAGCUGAAGUGAGUCGAGCUGAACGACUCCUGAAUCAACUGGAGCAGGAGAUUGCUGAUCUUAAGAGGAGAGUCACUGAGCUGGAGGAGCUUUCACACACACACGAUCACAUCCACUUCCUCCAGAGUUUCCCGUCUCUCUGUGUCUCUCCUGGAUGUGAAGACUCACCCAGGUUCACUGUCAAUCAACAUCUCUCAUUUGAUGGAGUGAGGAAAUCUCUCUCAGAUCUGAAAGAACGAGUCGAGCAAAUCUGUGAGGAGGAAUUCAACAAAAUGCGUCCACAAGCUACAGCAGUUCAGAUGGUUUUACCCUCAGAACCAAAGAGCAGAGAAGAUUUUCUGCAGUAUUUCUGUUAUCUGACUCUGGAUCCAAACACAGAACAUCCUAUACUCAUCCUGUCUGAGAAGAACAGAGUGGUGACACGCAGAAUGACACACCGGCGAUACUCUGAUCAUCCAGAGAGAUUUGACUACUGUACUCAGGUGUUGUGUAAGGAGAGUGUGUGUGGACGCUGUUACUGGGAGGUGGAGAGGAGCGGUGAUGUGUUCAUAUCAGUCUCAUAUAAACAGAUCAGCAGGAAAGGACGGAGUUAUGAGUGUGGGUUUGGACUCAACAGUCAGUCCUGGAGUCUGCGGUGUUCUUCUUCCUCUGUCGCUUUCUAUCACAACAAAAUUAAGACUAAGUUCCGAGGUCCAGCAUCCUCCAGAAUAGGAGUGUAUGUGGAUCACAGUGCAGGAACUCUGUCCUUCUACAGCGUCUCUGACACGAUGAGGCUCCUCCACAGAGUCCACACCACAUUCACUCAGCCUCUAUACGCUGGGUUCAGGAUAUGGAGUUAUAAGUCAUCUGUUAGGUUAUGUGAUCCAUAAUGAAAUGUUGGUAAAAGUGUUUAUUAAAAUUAUAACUGAGGUGUGAGAUUUAAUUUCUCCCUGAGCUACACUGGUCAUUUUGUGUACAGAAACUGGAACAGUAAUGAAUGCAGAAUGUAGGAUGUUUCUAGAAAGAAGAAAUGUUCUCAAACAGACUAUUUAACUGUAUGCACUAUUAGGAGGAUUUAUUAUCCUGAUAUGAAACAUUAUAAUGUCUAAAAAAAACUCUCUUUUUGCUUUGGCAAAGAUUGUUUUCUCCAAAAAACUGCUGUGUCUUUCUGUGCUUCUGCUUGUGGAAACACAUCCUACUGUGUAAAAGACGCUUAUUAUUUUAGAUCAUGAACCAUUUUCUGGUUAACAGUCCAGUUACCACACAGUGAACAGAAUUAUUCACACUCCUUCCUCAAUCUGAAAAAAUUUAUACUUAAAAUUUAAUCUAGGAAUUAAUUUAAAUCUAGUUCUUGACUGAUGAUUUACUAAAUCAAAUGUUAUCUAAUAUUAACGUGUGUGUGUGUGUGUUUUCUUCACAUUUUACCAAAUCAGAUUUUACUAACUUUUUGUUCAAAUGGAGGAAUACAAAUGAAACCUUAUUAUUUAAUCAUUUAUUCACAAAGUAUAAAGUGAUCAAGUAAAAUGAACAAAAAAAUGAACUAUUAAUUUGACAAAAUUAAGGUGGCCAAAAGCUACUUGUGUUAUAUUAUUAGUAACAUUUACUUACAUAGUUUAUUGCCUUAAACCAAACCAGCUGAAGAAGCUACUUUUGUGUGAACUUUUUUAAAAAGUCAAUAUCGAAAAGUCAUAAUUUUCAAUAAAUCAUUUUAAAUUCUCA